AUGCUCUUCUCGCAUCACAUUCGCCUUCCUUGGACUUCUUUGCGAUCGCUCAGGUCGCCUCUCAAACCGUCAAGGUUCUUCUCCACCUCCCAUUCACGUUUCAACAUCGAAAUGGGGACUGUGGACACUAGCGCCCGCCUUUCGAAGCUGAGGCAGCUGAUGAAAGAGCACAAGGUGGAUGUGUACAUUUCACCCUCCGAAGACAGCCACCAGUCCGAGUACAUUGCCCCGUGUGAUGGUCGCCGAGAAUUCAUUUCGGGCUUUUCUGGUUCGGCCGGCACUGCGGUCAUCUCCCUGACGCAAGCGUCGCUAUCCACCGAUGGACGAUAUUUCAAUCAGGCUGCGAAGCAGCUUGAUAACAACUGGACACUACUGAAGCGCGGAAUCGAGGGUGUCCCGACUUGGCAGGAAUGGACAACCGAACAAGCCCAGGGCGGAAAGGCCGUCGGCGUGGAUCCGUCCUUGAUUACUGCCUCUGCCGCACGGAAACUGGCCGAGACCCUUGAGAAAAACGGAUCGACACUUGUGGGAAUCCAACAAAAUCUGAUUGACUUGGUUUGGGGUAAAGACCGCCCCGCGCGUCCGAGUGAAAAGGUGCGGGUGCACCCGGUGAAGUAUGCCGGUAGGACCUUCCAAGAUAAGAUCGCCGAUUUGCGCAAGGAACUGGAAGCAAAGAAACACGCAGGCUUUAUCAUAUCGACGCUGGAUGAAAUUGCCUGGCUGUUCAACCUGCGAGGAAGCGAUAUUCCCUAUAAUCCUGUGUUCUUCUCCUACGCCGUGAUCACUCCAACUACUGCAGAUCUUUACGUUGAUAGCGACAAGCUUACUCCUGAGGUGAAGGCUCAACUUGGUGACGAUGUGGUUAUCAAGCCAUAUGACUCCAUCUUUGCUGAUGCUCAGGCCCUGAGCAACGCUAGCAGCCAAUCCAAGGGUGAGGCACCCGCUAAGUUUUUGUUGUCCAACAAGGCUUCUUGGGCACUUAGCCUUAAUUUGGGGGGCGAGGACCAGGUUGAGGAGGUCCGUAGCCCGAUCGGAGACGCAAAGGCGAUCAAGAACGAGGCUGAAUUGGAGGGCAUGCGCGCCUGCCAUAUUCGGGACGGUGCUGCCUUGUCAGAGUAUUUCGCAUGGCUCGAGAAUGAGCUCGUUAACAAAAAGACUGUGUUAGAUGAAGUCGAUGCUGCGGAUAAGUUGGAGCUGAUUCGUUCCAAGCACGACCUUUUUGCUGGUCUUUCGUUUGACACUAUCUCAUCUACUGGACCUAACGGUGCGGUGAUCCACUACAAGCCGGAGAAGGGAAGCUGCUCGAUCAUUGAUCCCAACGCUAUCUAUCUCUGUGACUCUGGCUGCCAGUAUUUUGAUGGAACGACCGAUACUACUCGUACUUAUCACUUUGGCCAGCCCACUGAGUUUGAAAAGCGGGCGUUCACUCUUGUUCUCAAGGGCUGCAUUGGCAUCGAUACCGCAGUUUUCCCUAAGGGUACCAGCGGCUUUGCUAUUGAUGUUCUGGCUCGCCAGCAUCUGUGGAAGGAGGGAUUAGACUUCCUCCACGGGACCGGUCAUGGAGUCGGUUCCUACUUGAAUGUCCACGAGGGCCCUAUUGGCAUUGGUACUCGUGUCCAGUACACCGAAGUUCCCAUUGCCGCCGGAAACGUUAUCUCGGAUGAACCCGGAUACUAUGAGGACGGCAAAUUUGGAAUUCGUAUUGAGAACAUUAUCAUGGCACGCGAGGUCAACACUCCCAAUAAAUUUGGCGAUAAGCAAUGGCUGGGCUUUGAACACGUUACUAUGACGCCGAUUGGUCGCAACCUGAUCGAACCCUCAUUGUUGAGCGAUUCUGAGAUCAAGUGGGUGAAUGACUACCACGCAGAGGUUUGGGACAAGACACACCACUACUUCAACUCGGACGAGUUGACCCAGAAGUGGCUGGAGCGGGAGACCAAGCCAAUCUCCAAGUAA